AUGGGUCGCGAUAACGUGUACCAAUUGAUUUACGCAACUGCCCUUCUUACGACGAUUAUGGUGGCUCCAUUAGUUACUCUACAGACGCACCUGUGGGACAAUAAAUUGCCCACAGCAAGUUUCUUCUACCCGGACGUCGUGUUCACCGCUUUCGUGUCCCUGGGGCUCACCGCCUUGGCGAUGUUACCCUACAUGAUGAUCCCGUCGCACUGGCUAACGAAGCAUCCCAAGAAGUUCUUCCUGGCAAUGCUGCCCUGGAUCCUGGUGUGCUGCAUCAAGUUCUGGAGCAAUAUGAACCUCCAGCUGACGGCGAUCUUCCACGUGUCGAGUGGUGACAACCCGAAAAUCUUGAUCUUCGCUUUGAUCGCCUACUGUGCCAUUUUCAGCUUGGCCCUGGAACAGAUGCUCCACUGGAGCGUCAUCUACCAUCUGAUGACCGAGGACAUCACCACGACCGUCUCCAGCGUUCGCAGGCCGUGGCGAACUAGUGAAUGA